AUGGUGCAGCCCGGGCAGGUCGUCAUGGUGAACGGGCAGCCGAUGAAGAUGGUCAUGGUUCCGCAGCAUCAGGUCCACGCGGGCGGCGCGAAGCGAGGACGGGACGGCGGCGAAUACGGCGGCGACGACCGCGGGGGGUACCGACCGAGGAUGGGGGAAGCGCCGCAGAUGCAGAUGGCGCAGCAGAUGCAGAUGGCGCCGCCGCCGCCGCAGAUGCAGAUGAUGAUGGUGGCGCCGCAGCAGGUCCAACAGAUGCCGAUGCCGAUGACGCAUCCGAUGGCGCAUCAGAUGGUGACGGCGCCGCAGAUGGUGACGGCGCAACAGCCGCGAUACUAUCAGGUUCCCGCGCGACAGCCGCCGCGGCCGCCCGGGCCGCGGCCGCAAGGCGGGUGGCAGCCGCGGCAAUAUAAUUAA